CAGGUGCGCUCUUGGCGGCGGAGGCUGCUGCUGGAUGCGCAGCCCUCCUCCCGUCACCCGGGGCCGCGCGGCUGCUCCCGGGGAGGAGGGCCGGUCGGCUUCCUCCAUGCCUCUGGGGCAGGGGGACGCUGCUGCCUCUGCCGUCACGACGGAGCGGGCUAGCUGCGGGCGCUCGCUAUGGCGGAGGCGGCGGCGGCGGCGGCACCAGUCCCGGGCGCUGCGGAGGCCGGCGACGGGCUGAGGGCGGCGGUCCCGGACGUGACUGGCGCAGAUAACCUUCGGAUGGAAGGAACCCAGUGUGUCACCUCUGCAAUCUCAAGCCUUAUGACUCCCACAGCCCAGCCUGCCACUGCCAACUCAAUCAGUACAUUUGUCAUGGAAUUUCCCAGAAAACGCAAAGGAAGUGAUUCGGACAACCAAUAUGCCUGUGACAUGGAUGGUGAUGAUCUCCAGAGCAGGAGUGAAGAUGACGAACAUGUAAAAAUUAAAUAUUUCAGAGAGGCUCAUAGCCAAACAGAGAAACGAAGAAGAGACAAAAUGAAUAAUCUGAUAGAAGAAUUGUCUGCCAUGAUACCUCAGUGCAAUCCUGUAGCACGUAAACUGGAUAAACUUACAGUAUUAAGAAUGGCAGUGCAGCACUUAAAGUCAUUGAAAGGUUCCAGUAGUUCUUACUCAGAGGUCCGAUAUAAGCCUUCAUUUUUACAAGAUGAUGAACUCCAACACCUAAUCCUUAAGGCCGCAGAUGGGUUUCUCUUUGUGGUUGGAUGUGACAGAGGCAAAAUCCUGUUUGUUUCAGAAUCUGUUUCCAAGAUUCUCAAUUAUGAUCCGGCCAGUUUGAUUGGGCAAAGUCUAUUUGAUUAUCUUCAUCCAAAGGACGUUGCCAAGGUGAAAGAGCAACUUUCAUCUUCAGAUGCUUCACCAAGAGAAAAACUAAUCGAUACCAAAACUGGUUUGCAAGUUCACAUGGAUUUUCAAGCAGGAUCCUCUCGUCUGCAUUCUGGUGCUCGGCGUUCAUUUUUUUGUCGAAUAAAAUAUACAAGAAAUACAGUCAAAGAAGAAAAGGAGUCCUUACCAAAUUCAAAAAAGAAAGAUCAUAAAAAGUACUGUACUGUUCAUUGCACUGGAUAUCUGAAGAGCUGGCCUCCUAAUGAGGUGGGAGUCGAAGAGGAGAAUGAUGCAGAAAAAGACAACAGUAAUUUUAACUGUCUUGUUGCAAUUGGCCGAUUGCAUCCUUAUACUGUUCCACAAAAAAGCAGUGAGAUAAAAGUCAAGCCAACAGAAUUUGUAACACGCUUUGCCAUGGAUGGAAAAUUUGUUUUUGUAGAUCAACGUGCAACCGCAAUUUUGGGAUAUUUGCCACAAGAGCUUUUAGGAACUUCUUGUUAUGAGUACUUCCACCAAGAUGAUCAUAGCCAUCUGACUGAAAAACACAAAGCAGUGCUGCAGAGCAAAGAAAAAGUAUUUACGAAUUCCUACAAAUUCAAAGCAAAAGAUGGCUCUUUUGUCACACUAAAAAGUCAGUGGUUUAGUUUCAUAAAUCCAUGGACCAAAGAACUGGAGUACAUUGUUUCAAUCAAUACAGUUGUUUUAGGUCAUAAUGAAUCAGGUGAAGAAGCGUUACUACCAUGCAGUUCCCUGUCUUCGGAAGAUAUUCCAAAGCCACCAUUUUUAGGUGUCCCAGGAAUGUCUACAGGGACAAUACUUGGGGCUGGAAGCAUAGGAACUGAAAUUGCAAAUGAAGUCUUAGAUUUACAGAGGUUACAUACUUCUCCACCUCUUGGUGAGUUGAGUCCAUCAGACCUCAUGAGAAAGUCUUCUUCUCCAGUUCUAACAGUAAACUGCAGUAAUGUGCCAAAUAAAGAACUUAUUCAGCUGUGUCCUUCAGGGAUGGACGAUCUAGAAACUUCAGGGCAAAAUCAGGGUACUACUUCAUUCCCUAGCAGUGAACCUCUUCUCAGUGAUGCUUCUCAAUUGGAUUUUGAUACAGUAUGUGAAAAUGAUACUUCAAUGGCAGCUUUAAUGAAUUACUUGGAAGCUGAAGGGGGCCUGGGAGACCCAGGAGAGCUCGGUGACAUGCAGUGGACUCUUUAGCUUUAUACAAGUGAGAGGGAGCAUAAUCUACUUCAAUGCACAAAAAGUAAUAAUUAAUCCUCAAAUACUGUACUGGUACCUUUAAAGGCUUUAAUUCAUAUCUACAGUAUCUAUAUUUAAAAUAUCUAUUUUUAAGAGACGUUUGCCUUUCUUCAUAAAGAAACUGUUUUGGCUGCAUAUAUUGAAAAGCUGUAAUAUUUUUUUAAAGACCGAGAACCUCAAUUUUGUUAUGGAUACAUCCAUUGACUGGAAUGCUUAAAAUAUGGUUAUAUUUUUACUAAAAUCUUUAAGGAGAAGUUACCAUACAAAUGGGUAGAGAGAUGAUUUUCAGAAAUGUUCCAAUCUUCGAAAUACCUAUUUAUUUGUGUGUUUGUUGGUUAGGUUCCUAAUUUAUUAGUGCUGCUUCAGAAAACCAUAGUGUACUUAAACAGAUCUAGUCUUACAAAAUGUCCAUUCUUGAAUGAGCACUAGUAUUUGAGAUAGUUUAUUCUACUGUUUGACUACAAAAGCUGGAUCAAGAAGCUUGUAAUGGAAGCUUGUUGAACAGUCAUGCAUUAUGUAGAUUAGGAAAGAAGGCAUUGCAACAAUACGAAACUGUCCCAGGGAAGGGCUAAAACAACUAAACUUGGUAUAUUUCAUUUUCCUAUUGUUGACAGCUUUCAGUGUUUCGAAACAUGAAGCAUUAGAAAAGAUUUUGUUAAUCUAGGGAACUGUGAAACACUGUCAUUGAUCACUCAAUUGGAACUCCUUUAAGGAAACAAGCUAAAGAUUGAUACAAAAAUAAAGACACUGAGGUAUAAAAUACAAAGUAAACCAGUAAAGGAAAAAUUUAGGGCUCUUUUUCUUAACUGCAAGGUGAGAAAUAUUUUUUGUGUAAGAUACCAGUAUUAAAACGUGUGCAGAUGUUCACAAGUGCGCACACACUAUUGGAGUAGCUCUUGAGCACUUGUGUGCUGCAAUAUGGGAAUUGCAGCUGACAGUAAUAGGCAAGGUUAAUACAGAAGUCUUGGAGAAAAAUAAUGUAUUAGGAUGACAUGUUACUGGCCUUACUAUUUUGUAGUCAAGUUCUAUAUAGAAGUAAGUCCUUCUGAAUUUAAUGGAUUUCAGGGGGAUUGUAUGUGGGAUUGCUGCUAUCUAGCGGCUAAUGUUUCACUUCUAGAGCUUUUAGAAUCAUCCACACUAUGGGUUACCUCUUUGCUGUCCGUGUGUAUGAUGACUAGAUGAUGCAUGGAUAUACUUCACUGUAGGAGCAAAGUCUAUCCAUGUGUAGUCUAAGUGUCCUCCUCAGAAUGUGAGCAAGCCAGUCACCAUUAUUGAACCCUGAACAUCCUGGUGAACUCUUCUACCAAUGUGAACAUGAUGAUUUAUUAUUUAAUUGUACUUAAAUAUAAGCAAUACUUUUCUCAAAAAUUUAACACUGAAAUAUAAGUUAGAAUAAUGUGUGUUAAAUUGUGCGGCUGCUGCAUAUUGUAACUAGUGAAGCCAUCACAGCAUUUGUGCACAUGCUCAUUUCAUAUCCGUACAGCUUCUAAGUGCGAUAAAAAAGAGGCAACACUGCCUCUUGCACAUUAUGGAUUACAUUGCUAGUGAAUAUAGGUAGAAUUGCUAAAAUUAUAAUGGGCAAAGCAUUCCUGAGAGAGUUUGCUUGAAAACAAUUGUAGGAAAAGUAGGUAUCUGAGUUUUUACUUGGUUUGCAUGACAUGGUAACCCACUGUGGGUAGCUAGCCACAGUGGGCUGUUGUGUGAAUUCAGACCAGUACUGGCAGGGUGGUUUAUUUUUUUGGGAACAAACCAGUCUGGCAGCUCAGGGUUUGUUUUAGGGGUUACUUGUUCCAAGAUGGGUAGUCAUAUCAUCUGAACCAAGGAGAUGAGUUUCAUUGUUGGGUGAAGGGAUCAACUAGCCAGCCCCUCAGCAAGACCUGCUGUUUCUUGUAAUGUUGCCCUUGCCGCCAGCAAUGACAGCCCCUCCACCGAUGCCCAAGUGGUAUUUGGAGUGAGAGUCACAUGUGCACAACCAUUUAAAACAGAAUCACCCAAGAAAACUUUGCAAAUGUCAUUUAAAAAAAUUGGUCAGUCUUUCACAAGUGCAGUUUUAUGACUGGUCAACUUUUUGUCUGUUUUAACAGUCAAACAGAGCAGUGAAGACGACUAGAUAAGAUACAUGGAAAAUGACAAAAUGAGUCUCCACAUGUGUUAAUUGGCGUACAGUUACCUGGGAUCAGCUGCAGAGUUAGUCACUUGAAAAAUGCCUAAAAAGAGAGGAAACAUGGCAAAAGGAAGGGCACCAAAUGUGUGUGUGACUGAAUGGGUUGGAAUGGAUAGGGUCCCAUAGAGUGGGCAGGUGCAACUACCACUGGUAUUUUUAUUCCAUUCGCUCCAUCCUGUUCUUCCAUCAGUAGUUUUUCAUUUAAGCUGUUAGGAAUAUUUUGGCAGGAAAAAUAUAUGCAAAUUUAAUGGCUUGGAAAUGAAUGGAGGAGAAAUUUGUGCCAAUUUAACAGCAGGCCAGUACAUGGAUGAGACAUUUGCCUGCCUGAAGUAAUGAGGCAAUUACUGCAGGUAGGCAAAUUCUUCUCCGUUUGCUUCCCAGCAAUUAAAUUUGUGAGUAUUUCUGUAGCUUUUUAAAAAACUUGUAGAGAAUUGCAGUGUCUGCAACAGUACAUGCUCCAGAAUGGAACUGGAAAAAGCUAGGGCUGUUAAUAUGUUCCUGUUCUGGACUAGCUGGAGUCUUUGGGUAGUCUUGGAAAGGUAAAGACCAAACUGUCCAUUCAGUACUUAAGAGCCAGAGGAUUGCAGUGCCAAGGGAGAAGUAUCGUGUCCUCCCACUUCUAGUGCACUUUCUUUUUUUGCCCCCUCUCUCUUUGAUAUUUUUCUAUUGACAGCUUCCUGGUUUGUCCCUAGCAAGUCCAUAUGUAGUUGCAUUAUGUAAAUUUCCAGGUAUGUUACCUUCUCAACUUUGCCACUCUCUUGAGCAUACAAGAAAUUGGCCAGGAAAGACUGUACAGAUGAGACAGCUAUAAGAGCACUUGCAAAAGACCAAAAAUAAUCGUAAUAAAAUUACAAACACUGUUUCAUAAUUUUCAGGGACCUCGUAAUAACAAUAACAAUUCCACUUGCGCUUUCUAAGAGGCCCCAAAGAAUAAAAAUGGUGGCAGCUUGGAUUGGGGAGAGAGAGGCAAGAUUCUGUCACAAAAGACACUGAGGAAUUCGCUGGAGGACUGAUAGGGAAGGAGGGGAAGGACAAACCACUGUAAACCCACUCAUCUUUCCAGCAUACCAUGGGUUCUGCAAACAACCCAUGCUGUAUCACUCAUUUACAGGGUGGCUUAGCAUGUUGUGCAGACCUGCCGAUUACUUCAAUUUGCCACUAGAUGUCUUACUACUUCUAGGAGAUGUGUGGUUUAUCUUUCAGUAAAGUUACUGCAUGGGUUUGCUUUGUUUUGUACACACGUGGUUCCUAAACAGAUGUGAGAAGAGUAUUCUUUUGGGGAAGUUUUGUUCUUAGAAGAUAAUAGAACAUUUGUCAGUGGAUAUAACUUUUUCCAGCCUGACUGUUUCAGCUUGCUUCUUUUCUAAAAGAAAACAGACCAAAAUCAUGUAAGCUUUUAUGAACUUGUGUAAGAGCUUGGUGAUAAAGUUUAGCUGAAUGUGAUUCCUACCUGUCUCCAUACAUUUGCUGAGCAAGGAAUGAGAAAGUCUGUGGAGGACUGAGCUUUGCUGUAGAAAAUAGCCUUGGCAGCAGAGUCCUUGGGGGGAAUUGUGGUUGAGGCCUUACUUUCAAUCCAUACAAGUGUCCAUCUUGCAAUAUUAGUUGAUUUCCAGAAAUCUAAAAUGAUGAAAGAAUCCAGUUUGACUCUGAUUCUGUGGAAACCUGGGUGAACUGGUUGAAUCAUCCUUCCCAUGGAAUGCAUUAUGGUAGUAAGAAAUCAAAUGGGUAUGUUAGGUCGUCCUAACAUUUAGGUAGGUGACAGCAACUUGAAACUGAAGAGGUACUCUUGUGAUGUUUAGAAAUAUUACUAUAAAGAAAGGUAGUAAACAAGUAUUUCUCUGCCCCUCUUACCUGUUCUCUUGCUGGUUGAGUGUUCAAAAGACAAGCAUCCUAAUGCAUAUUAGGGGCUGUCAGCUCUUCCAAAAUGAAUGUUUGGAGAAUCCAUAUGACUAUUCAUGCAUCAUUUAAUUUCUUGGAACAAAUCUUUUAUAGAACUAACCCAAUUUAAUAGGGGGAUAUUUUCCAUGAGCAAAGUGUACUGUAUAUCUGCCAUUUGUUUAUGAAGUAAAUUCUUUGUUUUUAUCACUUCAAAAACUUGCUGAUUUUUUUCCUCUAUACAUUUCUAUACUUCAGCAUAAUGUGUAAAUAUUUAGGUUAACUAAUGGGCAGGGAAGAUUAAAAUAUAUUUUAUACAAAA